AUGCAGUAUAAAACGGCCCUUUUAGGGCAGGAUCAGAACCAGGUAGCGUCGGCUAUGCCCUCAAGCUUUGUAGCUAUGCCAGACGAAGAGGCUAAGCCUCGUCCCCUUAAGGUGGACGUCAAGCAUUUCUCCGGAAAGGAGGGUGAAACCCUCAUCCUCUGGAUCCGUGAGAUUGAGAUGGUCAUGAGAUCUGGCUUAAUCUCAGUCGAGCAUCAGCGAGUAUCGCUGGCGAUCUCAAAACUCGAUGGAAGAGCUAGAGAAUGGGCUUUGACGUGCGGCACGUCGAUCGACUUGGCGUUGUCCACAUGGGAUUCGCUCAAGCUAGACCUGUUGCGAUUUUUCUCGCCGCCUAACCAGGCCUAUCGCGUGCGUUCACGCUUCUUGUCCACCCGUCAGGGUAAUAACGAGUUAACGGACUAUGUCCAAGAGUUGAGAACUCUGAUGGCUGCCAUGCAGUCUGACCCUCUCCCUGAGACUGUCUGCGUGACAUUCUUUAUCGAAGGUCUCCGCACUGGCGCUGCCAGGACCGAGGUGUUUCGAGACCAUCCCUCGACUUUCGAAGAGGCUGUGAGCAUCGCUCAAAAUGCUGAGCAUAACUUUAAGUCAGCGAGACUUGGUUGGAAUGGGUACAACCCAAGAUUUGCGAGAGCAACCUCAGCAAGCACCUCGGCUUACUGUAAGCCAGAACCGAUGGAUCUCAGCUAUGCUGAAGAUGAAGGUGAAGCGGAGCUUCAUGUUGCAGAGCAACGACAGGAAGUGAGACGUUGUUAUACGUGUGGAAGCACCAAACAUCUACGCUUCACUUGUCCUUUGCGUAAGCAACAACGUAACCCUAUGGGCCGCAACCAGAAACCUGGUAUAACACGGGAAAACGUCGACACCCAGUAG